UACUUUCCCCGAGUCACCAUAUACGCUGCCGCCCAGGCGGCUGCUUUAGCUGCACAUGCCAGCGCCAGCAUGGGCACACCCUCAAUCUCUACCAUUGAUCAUCACGAGCCUGGAGCUUUCCGAGACCCCACUCGCUUCCCUCAACUAGAACCAGCCGUCAAGUCCUUUCGCGGCACAUUUAUCGUUCAAUAUUUGUGUUAUUUGGGCGGCUUAUGAGGUUCUAUUGGGAGAUUGACGAGUCCUGUCGGCAUGGGGGCCAUUCGAUCAUGUUCGGCGCACUUGGGUUCCUAUACUAAGGAAGAAUCACCAUCAAUGCCUGCCGUUCUUCGGUCCAGUUUGGGGCCAGGUCCUGAAAUUGAUGGGAAGGUAAAAUGCGAAAAGGACGUAUUGAGCUGCUUCCCAGACAUCUGCCCGGAUUACCUGAGGAGCCAAGCGGCGGAACACCAAUGGGACUCGCAAGGCCUUAUCACCCGCCUUUUAGACGACCUUGAGAAAGACCAACCAUAUCCAAAGCGGCCGACUGUGCUGAAACGCAAACGCCCAGAGAAGAUUGAGAAAGACAGCGAGGAGGAGAUGCGAUGGGGAUUUGAAGAGGAUCCACGGCUCGCUAGUAAAGGCCAGGAGUACUUCAAGCUUUACACCAAGAAGGCGAACGCAUUACUCAAAGCGGCUUUUCAGCGACGAUACGCUGAAGAUAUUGAAAACACUCUGAAGGCGAACAAUUUCCAACUUUACACGACAUACCUUGCUCUUGACAAGGCCUCGUGGAGUCCAGACGCCGGUCCCAUCAAACUUAAAAGAGCCUAUUUCAGGCGCCCAAACCCCAAUGCCGAGAAGGUUCUGCGCUACGGUGCGGUCCAUCAAGGAGAGAUCGAUGCUAUAGCGGCAUUCGAUGCAGCCCGUGCCGCUUGUACAGCGAAGGCCCAGGAGCGCGAAGCCAAAGAGGCACAAGAGAAGCAGAAGGUCCAGGAAGAGGAAGAAACCCUGCAGCGCGCAAAGGCCGAAGGGACAGUCGCGGACUGCGGCUGUUGCUACGAGGAGCUUGCUCUCAGCAGCAUGAUUCACUGCGACGGAGACACCACACAUUGGUUUUGCCGCUCGUGUGCCAAGCAAAUGGCCGAGCAUGUGGUCGGGCUUUCCAAAUACCGCCUUGGGUGCAUGUCGGUGGACGGAUGCGACGCUACCUUUUCCAGGGACCAGAAGGAACUCUUCUUGGAUGACAAGUUGACUAACGCUCUGGAGCUGAUCGAGCAAGAGGAGGUUCUUCGGUUGGCUGGCAUCGAGAACUUGGAAAGUUGUCCGUUCUGUCCGUAUGCGGCCGAGUAUCCUCCUGUCGAGGAAAACAAGGAGUUUCGUUGCGAGAACCCGGACUGCCUCUUGAUCAGUUGCCGCCUAUGUCGACAGGAAACCCAUAUCCCCAAGGCUUGCGAGGAAGCUGCCAGGGAACGCGGACACUCGGCUCGGCGUGUAAUCGAGGAGGCAAUGUCUGCUGCCUUGAUUCGCAAGUGCAACAAAUGCGGCACGCCCUUCAUCAAGGAAAACGGCUGCAACAAAAUGACGUGCACCCGCAGUGGGUGCCGCAAUGUGCAGUGCUACGUCUGCUCCAAGUCGUGCGACUACAACCACUUCGAUGACGCGAGCAGAGGCGGCAAGAAAGGCAACUGUCCCUUGUUCGACAAUGUCGAGGACCGCCACAAAAAUGAAGUCCAUACUGCUGAAGCGCUUGCCCGGCAGCAGGUUGCCGAGGAGAACCCCGAAGUAGGGGACGAGCUGCUGCAUAUUAACUUUUCGGAGAGAGUCAAGGAAGACGACGCGCGACGCACAGCGGGCAACCCACGGCCACCAGGGCCUCCGGGGUUCCGACAUAUGGUCAUGCCGGUACCGGCGUUUAUUCCAGUUGAUCCCGGUUUGUAAAAGCCUAAUGCCGUGACCGGCCUUGCUCGAGACUGGCACAGUUUACCCAGUACCAACAAGCCCAAUUUGACCAACAUAUGCAAGCAUUAAUGCAAGCACAAGUGCAAGCACUACAGGCACACCAGAUACCACAGGCGCAACAGCCACAACCGCAGCAGGAGCCGGCAGCCCAGCUAGGCCACCCUAAGCCCUUCCGCGUCCCUGCGCGC